UAUCGACCUUACUAUUAUCCCUGCAAGCCAUUUCUGAGCACAACACAAGCAUCACAAAACCAAUGCACCAAUUGUUCUCCUUCUGCGUCCCGCAACGUGGCAUAAAAUCGCCGCGACAUCGUGCCCUCGUCCAAGGCGCAAUGCUCCGUACGCGAUCCCAUCGAAUAACCCUCUUUCAACCCCGCUCCCUAUACUUCUCCGUCAGGGCCAGCAAAAAUCAACGGCAGACCAGCUGGUUGGCGCGCUGGGGAAUUCCGAGACCACCACUCGGACCUCGCGUCUUCCCAACCUCUGGCUUCGAAACAAUAGACGUAUUCGACGGCGUCGAAGAGGAAAACCUGUCGAUUUACAAGCCCGAGAUAUUCUAUCCCGUUCAUAUCGGGGAAGUUUUCCAGAACCGGUACCAGGUGGUUACCAAACUCGGAUUUGGCUCGAGCUCCACCACUUGGCUUGGCCAUGAUAUUCAGGACGGUAAAUAUGUUUCUCUCAAGGUCCACACCAACACCGUCCAGAGCAGUCAUGAACUUGGGGUGUAUGAACACCUGAAGAAGCACACACCCCUCCUGAGCCCGCUUCACAUCCGCCCGCUCGAGGGAUCCUUCGCGAUCCAGGGACCACAUGGCAGACAUGACAUUCUCGUGCAAGAGCCUCUCGCGGUAUCUAUGCCUGAUUUCCAGCACAAGGUACCUGGGAAGGUUUUUCCGUCUUUCCUUGUGAAAGAAGCCCUGAAACAAGUUGUUCCCUGCCUAGACUUCCUUCACUCCGACGCUCAUGUCAUCCAUACCGACUUCCAUCCUGCAAAUUUGCUCAUCGGCUUGAGUGAUCCGGAUGAAUGUCUCGCCCAGGUAGAGGAAGCCGAGCUCAAGAGCCCCGCACCACGUAAGGUGAUGAAGGAUAGGACAAUCUACACGUCCUGCGCCGUGUACGGCAACAUUGGCCCGUUAUAUCUUUGUGAUUUCGGUCAGGCUCGGAUUGGGGAUGAGGGGUCGGGAAAUGUCAUGCCGAUCCCGUUCAGGGCUCCAGAGAUCAUACUCGGUAUGAAAUGGAGUUAUCCGAUAGAUAUGUGGAGUGUGGCGCUUUCGACUUGGUACUUGCUUCAACCGAAGAUGCUCUUCGGGGUUUACGAUACCGAUAACCUGAGGUUGAACGACGCACACCACUUGGCGAACAUGAUUGCCUUGCUCGGUCCACCUCCGUUGGACUAUCUCAAACGGAGCGAGAAAUACUUGGAGUUCUGGAAUGAGAAUGGUGACUGGAGAGGAAUCGCUCCUAUACCCCAGGAGAAGACCCUUGAGUCUCUCGAGAAGUCACUAAAUGGCGAUGAACGGGCGAGGUUCUUGGACUUCGUUAGGGCUUUGCUUCGUUGGGCCCCAGAGGAGAGGCUCACGGCCAAGCAAGCUUUGUCACAUCCUUGGUUGACUGCUCCCUACAAAUGAUUCGUCUUCGUAAAGAGGCUCGUUGGGUGGAUACUGUUGCCACAGAUUGGUCGCAGUCUUGGAAAGGGGCUGGUGGUUGGUCCGAAAUCUAAUGAAGUGUCUCGUCCUG